UGUUUGUCCAGUGUUGCCCCGGGUCUGUCCUCUUGAUUCUCCUACAGACCGUCUGCCAGCCCUGAGCCCACCCGCUGGAUUCAAAGUGCUCCCCGCCCUUGGCGCUGGGUGCAGGGUCGGGGUGGGCUGGGUGACCUCCGGCACCUGGGCCGGCGAGUGUAGGCGGAGCGGGGCUGGAGCCUCCCCUCCGCGGGUUCGGGGAGGCUCCGCCUGCCCCAAGCGGCACUGCACAGGGCGCCCAGGGCUCCAGGAUCCCGGCCUCAGCACACGCCUUGAACCCCGCUGCCCACCCGGCUCCCUCCGCUUCCAGACCCGGGAAUUUCGCUCUACAUCAGGGGAAACCUUGAAGCCCAGGAUGAUCCUGUCUAAUUCCACGGCUGCGCUGCCCUUCCUGACCACGCUGUGGCAGGAGACAGCCGAGCAGGACGGCGACGCGUCAGGCCUGGCUCGCAGGUCUCAGCUCCACGAUGACAGCAAGCUGGAAGCGCUCUACAUCCUCAUGGUGCUGGGCUUCUUCGGCUUCUUCACCCUGGGCAUCAUGCUGAGCUACAUCCGAUCCAAGAAGCUGGAGCACUCGCACGACCCCUUCAACGUGUACAUCGAGUCAGACGCCUGGCAGGAGAAAGACAAGGCGUUCUUCCAGGCCCGCGUUCUGGAGAGCUGCAGAGCAUGCUACGUCAUUGAAAACCAGGCGGCUGUGGAGCAGCCUGCCGCACACCUUCCCGAACCCCACGGCCAGUGAGGAGUAGACAAGCCCCACCCACAUGGGACAGUCUUUCUAGUCACAUGCAUGUCAUAGUCUUUACUGUAGGGGUGCCAUUGGAGUCUUUGCUAGUGAAGGAUCGAGGGAUGAAUUAAUAACACACGUUUUCUAAAAUCACAUUUCUUCUAUAAUGGAUGAUCAAUUUAUUCUGCAGCACCUACCCUUGUUUUUUUUUUUUAAUCUAGCAGAGUCCCCAACAAUAGGGCCUCUGAGAAUGCAAGCCGAGUUUCCCCAAAUCUCUCGACAUUAGCAGGGUCACACGACAAAGUUCUGGUCAGAAGAUAUGGACAUGGUCCAGUUCGUAAGUAGCCUUUGAAGAGGGAAGGGUGUGCCCUUCAUCUUCCUUGUCCCCCUUAAGGACAUUGGUACACUUGAGCAGCUCUGACAGGAACAGCAAUCCCUCGCUCGGGUGGUGCGGAUGAAGCAGGACCCCUCACCUCCCUGCACCGUCCGCCUGUCAGGGUCUUAGAAAGAGCUUUGUCCCACAGCCCCUGCAGCCACUGUUAUCUUGGUCUCCGCUAAAGUCACAGAAUCAGUAUCCAAACACAGUGGCCCCUCUGUCCUUGUCCCUCUGUUCACAACUGUGACUCUAUCCUCCUGCCCUCCUGUCUCCCGCUCCUCCCUUAUUACAUUCCUUACACACACACACACACACACACACACACACACACACACACACACACCCCUCACAGUUCAAUCUGGAUAGAAAUUGCUUCUUAUAUAUAGGGCUGGAACACAGUAGAAAAAGGGCCUCUUCAGAAUAGAUACCAUGGACAAGGUGCACAGUUACCACUGGAGGAAAAAUGGCCGUCCCACCAUCGCAAAGGGCCGGGGGAAGGUGUAUACAUACACACUGGCAACACAUGGGACUGAUGUGGCAGGGUCCUUGAGGUGACAGCUUUGACUUGGAUGUAUGUUCCUAAAAGACACAUUGAGGUUCCAACCCUCAGUACUAGUGAAAGUUACCUUGUUUGGAAACAGAGUCUUUACCCACCAUCAGGUUUCAGUGAACGGUUGAAGCGGGUCCUAACUCUGGUAGGACUCCUGCCCUUCUAAGAAGAGGGAUGAUUAACACAAAGAGAAUGCUACAAGAUGCCAGAGGCAGAGGUUGGAGGACAAAGAUCAAAGCCAAAGUGCUAAAGAUGGAUGGCCACUGGACUCGGGACAGAAACGAGGAGCAAUUCUCCUUGCGCGUUUUCAAGGACACGAGGCCCUCCCAAGCUUUCGUUUCAGACUCCGGCCUUGAGAACACAGGACAAUGCCCGUCUGUUGCUUGGGGAGACUUUGAUAAAACCGUCUAGCCAGCUAGGGCAGUAUUGGCUGCCCCUCCCCCUCCGACAGACGGAACUGUGGGAGUGGAGUGGAGAGGGGUGGCCCCAGAGCCGCUGUUCAGAGCAGACAGACACAGACAUCUCAGCCCCCGGCAUGGGGAAGCAGCGCCCUGAGUGCCAGCCUUCUCCAGCUACCACCUGAGAUAUGAGGACCUUUAGUACCAUGACACCCUGAAACCUCACCCGCUGACACUCCUGGAGAGUGUGAAACACUUCAGUGAGACGCAAGUUCUGGAACGCUGAACACAGGGCCGGCAAGACGGCUUGGUAUAGAGGUGACCUGGGUUUGAUCUCUAGAACCCACAGUGGAAGGAAAGGACAGACCGUAAAAAGUCAUCAGACAACCAUACACAUAUAAAACAACAAUAAAUAAAGAUUUAAUCCACAAUCUAAUGAAAAGCACCUCCCACACGGCACUGACUGUGCUCCUGUAGACACAUUUGGCUCUGUCUGAUUUGAUGAUUAUAGCCCUCAUUUCCCAAUAAGCAGUGACUCCCGUGUGUGCGUGGGAGGAGGGGGCAUCUCCACAUCAGAACCCUGAUGUGGGUUAGCCUCUGAAUUGCCACUGUCCUUGACUAAUUAUUUGGGUCCCAGUGUCCUUUGAAUUCCAAUGAAUGCUCGACUCCUUCCCACCCCAAGACGCUCAGGAUCGCUUUCCCUGCUGUCCUGAGGGUUCAGAGCCCCUGGGAUCCAGCUGUGGCUGCUGCAUCCAUGGCCCCUGUGUGAGCCAAACUCUGCUCCAAACAGAUUCCUGUUGCCCAGGCUGGAGGGAAGGUUUGGAGAGCCACCCAGAGACCUUGUGACUUGUGACACAGUGACAUUGAUAUUCCUGGCUUACAGACCUCCUGUCACCAGCUCCUUUCUCCACAGGAAUUUCUGUGCCUUUUAAGGCAGGGAAAUCCCCAGGCCUUGACGUUAUCUGCCCUUGGACGACUGGGCCUCACACUCACUACCCAGCUGCAGACUCCUUAUCUCUUCUGGCCCCUUUUAUUUAAAAGGCAGAAGGGAAGAGGCAAGUAAGAAAUGACCUGAACCUCCAAAGGUCACCUGCCUGUUUGGCUGUAACCUCCGAUUGCACACACACAGAGGGUCAGUGUUGUGCCAGGGACCGUUCUCAGCUCUUCGUAGGUUCUCAGUCCAUAUCCUGCACACGCUAUUUUUGUUAGGACAGUGCCUUUUGCUGUAUUAACAUUUUUUAAUUAAAGCUUUUUAAACAUGAUCUUGUGUUGUCUUUUUUGAAAAACAAGGUUUUUUUUUUUUCUGGUUUUAUGUGUAUGACUGUUAGCCUGCAUAUACGUAAGUGUCCUUGGUGCCUGGUGCCUGUGGAGGUCAGGAGAGGGUGUCGGAUCCCCUGGAGUUACGGUGGCUCUAAGCUGCCAUGGAGGUGCUGGGAACUGAACCCAGGUACCCUGUUGAGGAGUCCAUGCUCUUAACAGUUAAGCCACCUCGCCGUGCCGUGCCCCAGGGCUGUUGUAUUCACAUCACUGUGAUCCAUUUGGAAGAGGAAGAGAUGUUUGGGGGGCUUCACAGGGAGCCCCAGUGGCUGUGGAAGGAGGAGUGUGGGACUGCCAUGAGUGCACAGUGUGUCAAGGUGGAGAAUCAGAGAUCAUCUCUGAUCAAGAAUGUGGGAACAAAGCCUCCGAGGGGACAUUGGUCACCAGGGAGCACCCUUCUCACCUAUGCUGGUUGGGUUUUGUGACAAGCUAGGGAAGGGGAUCUUCAAUUGAGAAAAUGCCCUGACUGGACUGGUCUUUAGGCAAGCUGCAGGGCAUUUUCUUGAUUAAUGACUAACGUGGGAGGGCCCAGCCCACUGUGGGCGGAGCCACCACAGGGGACAGGUGGUCCUAUGGUGUAGACUAAAACAGGCUGAGGAAGGCACGGGGAACAAGCCAGUAAGCAGUGUUCCUCCAUGGCUUCUGCUUCAGUUCCUGCCUCCAGGUUCCUGCUCCUCUUGAGUUCCUGCUUUGUGUUCCCUCCGUGAUGAACUGUAAUUGGGAUGUAGAAGAUACAUAAACCCUUUUCUCCCCAAGCCACUUUUGAUUUUGGCCUUUAUCACAGCAAUAGAAAGCAAACCAAGACAUGUCAUGAUUUUCACAUGCCAGCACUAAUUUAACCAUUAAGUACUAUUACUAUUACUUGAUUUUAUUGGUGUGUAUGUGCGUGUGUGUGUGCGUGUGUGCGUGUGCGUGUGCGUGUGUGUGUUGGUGUACAUGGAGGUCAGGGUCAAUGUCAACUGUCUUCCUCAGUCACUUCUCCACCUUAUUUUCUUCUAAGUUAAAGACUUCUUUAUUAUCUCACGUGUAUACGUGUGUGUGCACCAAGUGUGUCAAGUGCCCCAGGAAGGCAGGAAGAGGGAUUAGGUCUCUAGAACUAGAGUUACAAGCAACUGUGAGUCUGCCUGAUCGCUCCCCUUCACACACCUUCCCCAGCCUGACCUGCCUGCCUAGACCAACAGCCCCUCCCCCAGAACAUCCAACCAGCCAGAUCUACACACUCCA